AGUUGUUUUCUUGUUUCUUCACCUGCUGCAAAUACUGAAUCCGUCCCCACCUCAAAGCUGACAGCUUGGUGCUACUUGGUGAUUCAUUCUUCCGUGAGAGGGAGUAUUAUAGAGCUAUUCAUAGCUACAAGCAAGCUUUGCAGCACAAGAUGGUCCCCAAACAGAAUGUGCAACUGUGCCGUAUUUCAAUACCAUCAAACAGGUCGCCGUCUCCGAAUUCUUGCAAUGCAUCAGGAAUCAACGAGAAUGAGGCCUCAAGUAGCAGAAGAAAAGAUUUAAUUAAAGUGAAACUGGAGGUUGAGGUUCUUUUUUUAUUGGAGGUAUUUUUAUGAGAUAAUCUUUGAGCAUGAAAUGAAGGAACUGCAGUUCUUUGUCGCAAAAAUGCAAGUUAUUUAUAGAUCAGAUUGUCUUCUUGGAACAUGUUGUUUUGGAGCUGAAUAGGAGGAAAUAUAUGUGGUGAUUACUAUGGAGGUGUUGAUUGGUCAUAUACUGAUGUAUAAGCAUCAGUGGCAUUUGGAACGAAUGGAGAGGAGGGUGAUUUGCAAGAGUUAAGGAGACUAUAAAAAAGAGUUAGGUGUUUUUUUAUAUUUCAUAUAUGGUAGUUCAGUAGAUUCUGCAUUAUUUGUUUUAUGAUUGUAGUCUUAGCAUCUUGUUUUGAUCUUUUUAUUGAUGAUUAUCUGAAAACUUUGUUUUUAUGUUUCUGGUACUUUGUUUUGUGACUCACUCCCUUGUUGGAAUUGUUGAGAGUUUGUAGUGAUCACAAAAAAAACUUAUCAUUCCUAAUAAACUACAAAUUUUAGACA